ACGGGGGCCUCGGCGCCUCUCGUGCGUGCGGUGCUGCCGCCCCUCGGAGCAGCCCGUCCCCGUCACCUCCUCGCGCUACACGAGGAUGAGCAAUGACCCUGCCUACUCGCUUCCCAAAGUGCAGCCCACGAUAGAUAUCACCAUCCUCAAAGGUGAGAAGGGUGAAAUGGGAGAAAAAGGGUACCCCGGAGCAGUGGGAAAGGAAGGAGAGAGAGGCCUACGUGGCUUUAAUGGACGAAAGGGCCAAAAAGGCCAGCCUGGUCCACAAGGCCAUUCCUGCAAGCAGCUCUAUGCUGCUUUUUCAGUGGGUCGCAGAAAACCCCUUCACAGCUCAGACUAUUUCCAGCACGUCACUUUUGACAUGGAGUUCGUGAACCUCUACAAGCACUUCAACAUGUUCUCGGGGAAGUUCUUCUGCUACGUGCCGGGAAUCUACUACUUCAGCCUCAACGUCCACACCUGGAACUUCAAGGAGACCUAUCUGCACCUGAUGAAGAACGAGAAAGAGGUGGCCAUCCUCUACGCGCAGCCCAGCGACCGGAGCAUCAUGCAGAGCCAGAGCCUGAUGCUGGACCUGCAGGAAGGAGAGGAGGUCUGGGUGCGGAUGUUCAAGCGAGAGCGAGAAAAUGCCAUCUACAGCGAGGAGGCCGAUGUUUACAUCAUCUUCAAUGGCCAUCUCAUCAAGCCAGCCGUAGAGUAGCUCUUCUUUGGCUUUGGGCUCCAAGCUUUGGUAGGGAUUUUGUCAGCUGCAUUAACGUUUUCCCUCUUAGAAUUGCGUUGUCUAGCUCCCUUGGAAGGACUAUGAC